UCGGAGCUCCGCGCGGGGCCCCAAGCUGGGAAGCGCACCGGGUCCAGCCCCGGGUCGACUCCCCGCGACCCCCAGGAUGCCAGAGGCCAAGAGCUCCCGCCCGGACCCCCUGCGAUGGACGAAGCAGCCGGUGCGCCGCUCCGUCAGCCAGAUCUGCCCGCCCCCGCGGCGGCCCCUGACCGUGGCCGACAUCCGGCCGGGCAUGGAGAACGAGAGGCUGGGGGUCGUGCGGGAUUCCAUGUUUCAGAACCCGCUCAUCGUCAAGGCCGAGCUCGGGAAACCGCGGGAGAGGAACUGCACCCUCCCCGGCAUCGACUUCAAUUACGGGCUCUACGUCCGCGGGCUGGACGGAGGGGUCCCCGAAGCCAUCGGACACUGGAACGUGUUUAAGCAGCAGCCCACCUGCCACCAGGAGCUGACCCGGGACUACAUCGCCAUGAACCGCGGGGCGGUGAAGGCCGGCCUGGUCACCGCCCGGGAGACGCUCCUGUACCAGAAGCUCAACGACAUCCGCAUCACGAACCAGGACAACCGGCGCUUCAAGAGGGAGCCCCCCUCCGUCCCCCCAAACAUGACGUUCGGGAUCCCGUCCCGGCCUUCCACGCCCCUGUUCGACCUGCUGCAGCACCGGUACCAGCAGCUGUGGGUGCAGGAGCAGAAGGCCGCCCAGAAUGCCAUCAAACUGGAGAAGAAGCAGAAGGUGAGCCUCGGGAAGCUGUAUGAGACGCGGAGCAGCCAGCUGAGGAAGUACAAGCCGCCCGUGAAGCUGGACGCCCUCUGGCACAUGCCUCACUUCCAGAAGGUGGGCCCGCACCUCGAUACCUUCCCCACCGAGGCCGAUCGCCAGAGAGCUUUCAAAGCCCAGCGGGAAGAGUACGCCGUGCGCCAGGGGACCCUGCGGAUGGGCAACUACACCCACCCCUAGAGCCGCCUCCGCGCGGUGGAACACUCCGGAAGGACUCGCCGGUCUUGCCCCACUCCUGUUUCCCGUGGGCUCUGCUGCGGGGACCCCAGAGUCAGGCCUUAGGUAGUUAUUUUUGCUAAGAGCCCCCCCUCCCCUUUAGGUUAGGCAACACUCGCUCACCUUCGCCCAGCGCCCCUCGACCUGGGGACCCCCAUCCUCUGGCAGGCCGCCCGCCCCCUCUCUCAAGCCCUCACCCGACGGCAUGAACCCAAAUUACAAGGCAGACGCCCGGCUCCAGGCCGAGUCUGGAGGCUGUGCCCGCAUUAGGGACAACGCGGUAACGCGCUCGCAAAGCCCUCGAUUAGACGCCAACACGAGUUUAGUUGCUCUUUCUGGGGUGCCUGAGGCCCACCACGCUGGCGGCAGGAAGACCCCGCUCACCCCUCGGGGCCUGCUCCCCCCUCCGGGGGCUUCUCCCCCAAGACUGACCUUGAAGGUCGACCUCAGAAAGAGCGAGCUUUCGGGCGAGCGGCGGCGGGAGGGCACACAGGAAGGAAUUCUCAGCCAACCCCCCCGCGGCUCUGGCCUCCAUCUCUCGGCGUGUCCCCCGGCUUCUCCCCACACACGAGAUCCUGACCUAUUUUAAAUUAAAACGCGGCUGUCAGCCUC